AUGAGAACAAGAACAUUGUCAAAUGAAAUUCCAAUGAUCGUCAAAAGAUCAUUUUCAGAAGACGACAAUGAUGAUCAAAUCAUUAUUAUUUGUUUUCAUCCAAAUAAUCAAAUCGAAGAUAUGAAGAAGCAAUUAAAUCAAAUGAAUCAUCAUGUUGUUUUUCAUACAGAAUUGGAAUUAUGUAUUACUUUCAUUCAAUCAAUUAAAAAUGAAAAAAUUCUCUUGGUUAUUUUUGAUUCUUAUGUUUGUGAAUUAGUAUCGCAUAUUGAUAUCUUUCAACAAGUACAUUCAAUCUUUAUCUUCUAUACAAAAAUUGAAGAUUUUAAAUAUUUAUUUCAUGAACAAUUAAAUAUAAUUGGAGUUUAUCAUCGAUUGGAUUUUUUCUAUUCAGCUCAUGAAGAACAAAUUAAUUUAAUAGCUAAACAAUUUUUUCAAUGGACAUUUUACGAUCAAACAAAUUUCUCUAAAAGAGAUUUAUCAAAACAAUCAAGUGAUUUUCUUUGGAUGCAAUUAUUUCAUGAUGCUAUUUCAUAUUUUCCUCACGAUGACCAAGCAAAAGAAGAUAUGAUGAAUAUAUUUCGUCUUUAUGCUGAUGAAAAAUCAUAUCAAUCCAAGGAUGCUAUUCAAUGGUAUUUAAAUAACUCAUUUCUUCGAAAAUUAAUAACUAAAUCAUUACAAAGAAAAGACAUUGAUCAACUUUAUCAAUUAAGAUAUUUUCUUGUUGAUCUUAUCGAAAAUUUAACUCGUGAACGUCACACAGAAAAUUUUGUUAUUCAUCAACAAAUAAAAUUAUCAAAACAUGAAUUAAAUCAUUUCAAACAGAAACAAGGACAAAUAAUAUCGAUGAAUGGAUUUCUAUUAGUAAAGAAGGAUACUGUAUUACCACAACGAUCGCAUUUAAUCGAUGUUCACUUGGAAAUCAAAUGUAAUCUAAAAGAAUAUCAGAAUAAAAAUGAAGUUUUAUUUGAUUUGAAUACAACAUUUCAAUUGGAAAAUAUUGAAGAAAAUGAUCAAACAAUUCUUAUCCAACUAACUGUAGUUAAUUAUGGACAGAUGAUUAAAGAAAAAUACCUCACUAAUACACGUCGACAAAUAGAAAACUUAAGUAUUCCAAUUAUUUUUAGUCAAUUAAUGUGUGAUAUGAAUGAGUGGAAUGAAGCAAGAAAAUAUCUUCAAUAUUUAUUAAUUCAUUCAAAUGAACAAGAUUUACCAUGGAUUGAAUAUUUUAUUGGUCAGACUUUUUAUGAAAUUGGACAAUGGAAUGAAGCACGAUUAUGUUAUGAUCGAGCGAUUAAAAGUAAUAAAAUUAAUUUUCAAGAUUCGGCGUUAAUUGUUUCUGCUAUUGGUAAAGUAUUAUAUUCACAAGGCAAAUAUGAAGAAGCAUACGAUUUUCAUCAACAAGCAUUAGAAAUUCGAGAGGAAUAUUAUGAACAUUUUCAAGUUGAUAUUGCCAUCAAUGUAGACAAUAUUUCUGAUAUAUUAAUUGAUCAAAAAAAGUUUGAUCAAGCAUUGGAGUAUCAAAAACGUGCAAUGUCCAUCUGCAAAGAAUAUUAUCAAUCAAAUCAUACAUAUAUAGCUCUUUUACUUUAUCGUACUGGUUAUAUUCUGUAUCAACAAGAAAUCAUUGAAGAAGCUCUAAAUCUCAAUCAACAAGAACAAGCGUUAACAAUAAUGAAAAAUUUGCGCUCAUCAAGUCAUCCCGAUGUCCUUUACGCUUUGAUAAAUAUCUCACAUAUUAGAUAUGGAUAA